UAAUCCCUUACCAAAACCGAAAACACUUGCUUUAUGGAACCAAGAACCGAAAUCACUUGCUUUUUGAAAUACCAUGACCGAAAUCCCUUAAGGAAUCACUAUAGGACCGAAAUCAUCACUGAAAGGACCGAAAACCCUCUUGUUAGGGCCCAUUAAGGCCAAAAACCUCCCUUAUAUAUGUUUAGCCGCAAACCAUCCUCAUUUCUCAUUUGCAACACCGAAAUCCCUCCCAUUUUGCUCUCAAAACUCAUCCGAAAUCAUCAUAUAUUCAUAAGAUUUUGUUCAGAUUCCCUUCAAAUCUUCAUGAAGUCCUCAAGAACAUUCAUACCAUCUUCAAAUCUCCUUAUUUUCACCAAGAACAUCUAAGAACACCAAGAACACUAAGAACAUCUCAAAUAAUUCCUAAGGAUUUUUGUAAGUAUUUCUUACAUAAUUUAGUGUGGUCUAACACUUUAAAUUAUUAUGUAUAUUAUAUUUCAUUAUGUAGCACCUGGUUCCUGGUACGUAAAUCUUAUUUGUAUUUUCCAUUUUUUUUAGCCUUGGACUCGACGAGUCAUAGGUCCGACUCGUCGAGUAGAGACGGGACCCCGGGACACGUUUAAGUUGGUGACUCGGCGAGUCCAUAUUCCAGACUCGGCGAGUCACCGCUGUUGGAUGAAACCCUAAGUUUCAGGGGUUUGCAUCCUAUUUAAACAACAUAUCCGCCCUAAGCCAGCCCCCAUUCACCCCCAGAGCUCCCAACCCUCGCUCUAAGCUAUUCAUAGAGAGUUUGAAGCAAUUGUUGUGUGUUCUUGAAGGAUUUGAGGCAAAAGGGAAGUAGAUCAAGAGGAAGGGAAGGAAUCCAAGCAUCUUUGUGCUCUCUCAGUAGUUCCUUUGAGGUAUAACCCAUUUUCCCCCUGUUUCUAUGCUUAUUACUUCAUUUAAGUCAUUCUUGAGCCAAUCCCCAAGCUUGUAUGUGCAAAUUAUUUCGUAAUAAACUGAUUGGCCCUUAGAUCUAGGCAUGAUUGAGCUCCAGGAGCUCAGAUCUGUUGCCUUUAUGGACCCUCAUUGCAUGAAGACCCUAGAUCUACCCUUUUGGGUGCAUUUUGAACCCUAAAACCCUUAUUGGUGAAUAUCUACACGUAAAGUUGGAAACUUUACGUGUGAUUCAUGCUCUAGGAACCCAUAUCUGUGAAUGGCAUGGGCUGGAAUCGAGCAAAUCCGUGUAGUUAGUGGUUGCAUGGCAACGACUCGGCAAGUCGUUCAUCUGACUCGGCGAGUCGGUUCGCGAGCCUCCGAGUUUGUCCCCUUUUCAUAGUGUCGAGUGAGCAGUGAGUCACGGGGUGUGACUCAGUGAGUCGAAAGCUGAACUCAUCUAUGGAGGAACUCGGCGAGUCAAUGCCCUGACUCGGCGAGUUCAAGGCAAUCUCCUUAGAUCAAGAACAGACUCGGUGAGUUGUUCAUACAACUCGGCGAGUCGCAGCAUAAGUGUUCUUCGGAUGAAGAUGAACUCGGCAAGCUGUUUAUACAACUCGACAAGUCUUAGCAUAAGUGUUCAUCGGAUGAAGAUGAACUCGACGAGUUGUUCAUACAACUCGGCGAGUAGGAUGAAGGACUUGAAUAUCGGUUUAGAAGGAGAACUCGUCGAGUCGUCGCCUAAUUCGACGAGUAGAAACGGGAUUCAGGACAAUCGUUUGGGUAGGGACUCGGCGAGUUGGAAAGCCAACUCGGCGAGUCGGGUCAACUGAAAGUUGACUCUGACUUUGACUUAGGGCAUGAUCAGGGGUAAAAUGGUCAUUUUACCCAAAGGACAGUUAGCAGUGUUUGAUUGAGUAUGUUGUGGAAAUUGCAGCCGGAGGAUUUCCGGAGCAGCAGCAGCAGCAGUAGACAGUCAGUUCCCGAUCAGAUCAGCAGGUACUUCGAGGUGAGUUACCUUCCAGUAGCGGUGGGCCUACGGCCACAAUGCCGGCCCACCAGUAGGAGUUGUAUGUGGAUGAUUGUCUCCGUGAUAUUCAUCUAGGGAUUACUACUACUUGUGUUAUGUUUAUGUGCUAGUAUGAUAUGAUGCUAUGUGCUAGUGACAGUAGGGGGGAGAUAGUCCCCGAGAUAUCCGGUCGGUAGGGCCGAAGGGGUAGUUAUACCCAGCCAUGUUAGAUAGAUCUGAUAUUGUGAUACAUGUUAUGUGGUAGUAGUGGAGGGGAGGAAUAGUUCCCCAGUAUCCGGUCGAAAGGACCGAAGGGGAGGCCAGCACCCAGAUAUGCUAGACAAUAUCCGGUCGAGAGGACCGAAGGGGAGGCCAGCACCCAGAUAUGCUAGGCAAUACCCGGUCGAGAAGGCCGAAGAGGUAGGUCGGGCACCCAGAUAUGCCUGACAAUAUAUGUAUGUUAUGAGAUUAUAUGGUAUGUGGUACAGUGGGGGAACUCACUAAGCUUCGUGCUUACGGUUUUCAGUUUUGGUUUCAGGUACCUCCUCAGCUAGGGGAAAGGAGCCGGCGCGGUAGCAGCAUGUCACACACACACACACACUCUUGUUUCCGCAGUUACGAGUUUAUUCUGGGAUUGAUACUCUGAUAUUUGAUUGAUCGAAUGUUGUGGUUUUCAAUUUGUUUUUCGAUGUGAAAUCGUUUAAUCAAACAAUGUUUUAACUAUUAAUGCUUUCAGGUAAUGUUUUAUAGCAAAAUUUUUGGACGUGAAAAUUGGGUCGUUACAAGUUGGUAUCAGAUCCCUGGUUUGAGGGAUUCGGACACACCUUCGGGGGUGUCUGAACUCAAAUCGAGGGAUUAAAAGAUUUUCUAAAAGAAAAUGUUUUCUAAAAACUGAGAAAAGAGUUUCGAGAAAGAACGAAGUGUGUGAUGUGCGCGACCGGCCGAGCUCAAGUAAGUAUUCCCCAAAGUACCCAUACGAGUUUAUGUUAUGUUUAUCAGCUUUUGUAGAACAGCAUGCUAGAAUAGGACUAAGGAUCUAGGAGUGAUGCCUUAUGUGCCUGCUUUAUGUGUUUCAGUUGUAUGAGAAUUGCAUGCUAGUUAUUGAGUAGACAGCAAGUAGGAUAGCCUGAUUAGGUUAUGCCUGAUAGUAUGAGCUUAGCACUUUAUGCUAGUACAGUUCCUGUAAGCAGAUAGAGUUGAUUGGGAUUGUUACCCUUGUUUGAAUGCUGCUUGCUUCGUGCUAUGUGGGACUAUGAAUAAUGGGAGUUAGCCAUUAGGCGAAUACGUCACGUCACAUGUGAUCAGGGUUGAAUAAUCUUAGAGUGCCGGAUUUGAUCCUACUGCGCAUCUCUUGUUUGAGUCCAACCGUUGUAGGGACGAGUCGGGUACUCGAAGGAUUAUCUGAGCCUCGUCACAUGUGAUGGUAUUCGGGUAAUGGCUAAUUGGCAUUACAAGGAGGCUUGCAGCAGCUGAGGGCUGGAUAGAGUAGAAUCAGAGAUUUCCCUAGGGCAAGCCUAGGAUGAGUAUAGAAGUGAUCAGCAGUAGUGAAAGGGAUCUGGUGGAGUCGAGGCAUUCCUUGAAGAAGGUACGGAUAGAUAUGGAAGGUAGUAUGGGCCCGUACUACUGAAAGCAGAGGAUCCGUACCCGAACCAAGGAAGGCCAAGAUAAGACCAGGGAACUUGUAAGUAGCAGUGAUCCCUCAGGAAGUAUCAAUAUCACUAAUGAUUGUAUUAUGUAUUGCAGAAUGGUGGUACUUCGAUUGAGGCCGGUGGAUGGCGGUUCAGGAGAGGGGUCAGGUUCGGGAUCAGGUUCCGAGCCGGUAGAUGAGGGACUACGCGAGUUCAUCGCGUCAGAGAUCACCAGAGGCAUCCUUGAGUCGACCCCCAUCCUCUUUGGGUCGAUCAAGGAAAGGAUCAUGGAGAUGAUGGAGGAUCGCCUUCGGGCAUUCAGGAGUGAUAUGGCAUCUAGCCAGUCGGGAUCUCGCACACUGUCCUUCAAGGACUUCAGGGGCAGUGGUGCGCCGGAUUUCCAUGGGGUGAAAGACCCCAUUGCUGCCAGGCGAUGGAUUGCGGACAUCGAGUCUGCACAGUUGACUAGCUUCUGCCCCGAGGGGUCGAAGGUGAGGUAUGCAGCCGGGUGUUUACGGGACCGAGCCCGAGAUUGGUGGGAGUCAGUGGGUGACUCGUUGGGAGCCUCGGCUAUCGAGGCUAUGACCUGGUCGGACUUUGUGACCAGGUUCAAGGCAGAGUUUGCGCCGGCUGUCGAGCUUCAGCAGUUGGCCAGGGAGUUUCUGGACAUGAGGCAGACGACGGAGACUGUGGCGGAGAUCACCGCCAAGUUCCGGGAGAGGGCUUUGUUGGUGCCCCAGUAUGCCGGUGACGAGGAUAUGAGGAGGACCCGCUAUCACGACAUGCUCCGGGCUGAUAUCCGGGAGCACGUUAGUUUUUCAGCUUGCCCCACCUUGGACUCCCUGAUUGUCAGGGCGAGGGAGAGGGAGAUAGAUUUGGAGCACAUCCGGAAACGGAAGGCAGAAGAGGGUCAGUCAGGAGGGGCUUUGGGGAAGAAGCCCAAGGGAUCAGAUGCGGGGCCGAAAGGCCAACAGGGAUGGGGACGCUGCAGGAAAUGCGGCAAGACGCACGAGGGAGCGUGCCGGUUGGGAUCAUCAGGCUGCUACAAGUGCGGCAAGCCUGGGCACUUUAGCAGGGAUUGCACUGCUCCGGCAGCAGUUAUUCAGACAUCAGAGUUGCUGUGUUUCCACUGCAACCAGAGGGGCCACAAGAAGGCCAAUUGCCCCCAGUUGACAGUUUCAGCGCCGGUGAAGGCGCCAGCUCCAGCGACCCUGCGGAUCACGGAUGGCCGGCAGGGCAAGGCAGAGGCUCCGGUGGUGAGGAGCCGAGCAUUUCAGUUGACUACUAAGGAGGCACGCGCCGCACCCGAUGUGGUGACGGGUAUGAUUCUUUCCCUCUAUUUUAUUUUUAUGAUGUUAUGAUAUUGAUAUGUGCUCCAUAUGUAUAUGUAUGCAUUAGGAUCGUUCCAUGUGAACGGCAUCCCAAUUCAGGUGUUGUUCGACUCGGGUGCAUCCCGAUCAUUUGUUUCCCUUGCGCUUAGCAAGAAGUUUCAUGAGACUUCGGGCGAGUUAGAUUGCCCUUUAGAGGUAGAGAUUGCUGAUGAUCGAUCGGUGCGAGCAUCGGUGGUGUUUCGAGAUUGCGUAUUGCGUUUGUUUGAGGAGCGCUACUUGGUAGACUUGGUUCCCAUUCCGUUGCGCGGGAACAAGGUGAUUAUAGGCAUGGAUUGGUUGAGCCCUAAUGGGGCGGUGAUAGAUUGCGCGCAACAGCUAGUGCGGGUCAGGACCCCAAGCGGGGGAGAGUUAGUGAUUCAUGGCGAGAGGCCGCAGUGUGGACCCGCAGUAUGUUCAGCAGCAAGGGCGAGACGCUACCUUCAGCAGGGAUGCGCAGGAUAUGUCGCUUACGUGAUGGAUACCCGGGAGGCGCGUAAGGCGACAGUGAGUGAGGUUCCGGUGCGAGAAUUCGCAGAUGUUUUUCCAGAGGAGCUUCCUGGGAUACCUCCGGAGCGAUAGGUUGAUUUUAGGAUUGACCUCGUUCCUGGUGCGGCUCCGAUAGCCAAGGCACCGUAUCGGUUGGCUCCUCCUGAGAUGCAGGAGUUGUCUACACAACUGCAGGAGCUGUUAGACAAGGGAUUCAUUCGACCGAGUAGUUCAUCCUGGGGAGCCCCGAUUUUGUUCGUGAAGAAGAAGGACGGGUCGCAUCGGAUGUGUAUAGAUUACCGGGAGCUGAACAAGGUAACGGUGAAGAACCGUUACCCGCUCCCGAGGAUUGAUGACCUCUUUGACCAGCUUCAGGGAGCAUCUUGGUUCUCCAAGAUUGAUUUGCGUUCAGGUUAUCAUCAGAUGAGGGUCAGGGAGGAGGAUACGCAGAAGACCGCGUUUCGGACGCGCUAUGGCCACUAUGAGUUUGUGGUGAUGCCGUUUGGGCUCACCAAUGCUCCUGCCGCAUUCAUGGACCUCAUGAACCGCGUAUGCAGACCGAUGCUGGAUCGGUCUGUGAUAGUCUUUAUCGAUGACAUCUUGGUUUAUUCCAAGACUCAGGAGGAGCAUGAGGAGCAUCUGUGAGAGGUGUUGGAGACCCUGAGGAGGGAGAGCUUGUAUGCCAAGUUCUCCAAGUGUGAGUUUUGGUUUCGCGAGGUGCAAUUUCUCGGACACCUUGUCAACCAGAAUAGGAUUCUGGUCGAUCCGGCCAAGGUCGAGGCCGUGAUGAGAUGGGAGGUUCCGAAGUCUCCAUCUGAGAUUCGGAGUUUCCUGGGAUUAGCAGGCUACUAUCGGAGAUUUAUUCAGGAUUUCUCCAAGAUAGCCGUACCCCUGACGCGGCUGACGAAGAAAGUCGUGGUCUUUCGAUGGGGACCCGAGCAGCAGGCUGUAUUUGAGACGCUGAGACAGAGACUGUGCGAGGCGCCGAUCUUAGCCUUGCCAGAGGGCGUAGAGGAUUUUGUGGUAUACUGCGACGCGUCCAUUUCUGGGUUGGGCGCGGUACUGAUGCAGAGGGGGCAUGUCAUUGCCUACACUUCGAGGCAGCUCAAGCCUCACGAGGCGAACUACGCGACGCAUGAUUUGGAGUUGGGGGCGGUGGUUUUUGCCCUCAAGAUUUGGCGGCAUUACCUCUACGGGGUUCGAUGUACCAUCUACACGGACCACAAGAGUUUGAGGUACCUCAUGGAUCAGCCGAAUCUGAAUAUGAGGCAGCGUCGGUGGUUGGACGUGGUAAAGGAUUAUGAUUGCGAGAUCCUCUACCACCUGGGGAAGGCCAACGUGGUGGCCGAUGCGCUUAGCCGCAAGGCGGCACCGAUCAGGGAUAUGUGCAUGAGGAUGACCGUAGUGACUCCCUUGUUGGAGCAGAUUCGGGAGGCCCAACAGGAGGCUAUCAAGGAGUAACAUCGGAAGAGUGAGCGUGUGGUGGGUCAGGUUUCCUCCUUUGAUUAUGAUAGCCGAGGACUAUUGACACUACACCGUAGGGUGUGGGUGCCAUAUCACGGAGGCGUGCGACAUAUUUUGAUGGAGGAGGCGCACAAGUCCCGAUUCUCUAUUCAUCCCGGGGCGACGAAGAUGUAUAUGGAUCUUCGUCUAGAUUAUUGGUGGCCCUGUAUGAAGCGGGAUGUGGCAUGGUACGUUGAGCGGUCAGAGACCGCAUGGCAAGAUGCAGCCGUUGGAUAUUCCACUGUGGAAAUGGGAAGAUAUCACGAUGGAUUUUAUCACGAAGCUUCCCAGGACCGCGCGUGGAGUGGAUUUGAUUUGGGUCAUCGUGGAUCGAUUGACCAAGAGUGCUCACUUUAUCCCGAUUCAGGAAAGCAUAUCGCCUGAGAAAUUGGCCGACAUCUAUAUCAGGGAGAUCGUGGCGCGGCACGGGGUGCCAGUUUCGGUUAUCUCGGACAGGGAUGUGCGUUUUACUUCCAGAUUUUGGAAGAUAUUUCAUGACGAGUUGCGCACUCGUUUGCAUUUUAGCACCGCCUUUCACCCGCAGAAGGAUGGUCAGUGCGAGCGGACCAUCCAGACCUUGGAGGAUAUGUUGCAGGCGUGUGUGUUAGACUUUGGUGGUAGCUGGGAUACGUAUCUUCCCCUAGCCGAGUUCUCCUACAACAACAGCUAUCACGCGAGUAUCGACCGCCCUCCCUUCGAGAUGUUGUACGGACGGAGGUGCAGGACCCCGAUAUGCUGGGGUGAAGUUGGCCAGAGAGUCAUGGGGAGCACCGAAGUGGUGCUCAAGACGACCGAGAGGAUCCAGCAGGUUCGGAGCAGGCUUCAGACUGCUAAGAGUCGACAGAAGAGUUACGCCGACAAGCGUCGAUCCGACUUGGAGUUCCAAGUCGGGGAUAUGGUUCUCCGGAAGGUGUCGCCUUGGAAAGGCGUCAUUCGAUUCAAGAAGCGGGGCAAGUUGGGCCCGAGAUUCAUCGGACCGUUCAGGGUCGUAGCCCGGGUGGGCAAGGUGGCGUAUAGGCUGGAUCUGCCAGCCGAGCUCAGCCAGAUCCACAACACUUUCCAUGUUUCUCAGCUGCGGAAGUGCCUAGUGGACGAUUCAGCGGUUGUGCCGUUAGAGGAUAUUCAGGUUGAUGACAGCCUGAAUUACAUUGAACGCCCAGUCGCAAUCCUCGACAGGAAGUCGAAGGAUUUGAGGAACAAGAGGUUGGAGCUAGUGUAGGUGCAAUGGCAGCACCGCAAGGGUUCAGAAUGGACUUGGGAGCCGGUGGACGAGAUGAUGGAGCAUUACCCUGAGCUGUUUCAGGAUCGAGCAGCAGACUUCGAGGACGAAGUCUAAAAUAAGUGGGGGAGAUUUGUAGCACCUGGUUCCUGGUACGUAAAUCUUAUUUGUAUUUUCCAUUUUUUUUAGCCUUGGACUCGACGAGUCAUAGGUCCGACUCGUCGAGUAGAGACGGGACCCCGGGACACUUUUAAGUUGGUGACUCAGCGAGUCCAUAUUCCGGACUCGGCGAGUCACCGUUGUUGGAUGAAACCCUAAGUUUCAGGGGUUUGCACCCUAUUUAAACAACAUAUCCGCCCCAAGCCAGCCCCCAUUCACCCCCAGAGCUCCCAACCCUCGCUCUAAGCUAUUCAUAGAGAGUUUGAAGCAAUUGUUGUGUGUUCUUGAAGGAUUAGAGGCAAAAGGGAAGUAGAUCAAGAGGAAGGGAAGGAAUCCAAGCAUCUUUGUGCUCUCUCAGUAGUUCCUUUGAGGUAUAACCCGUUUUCCCCCUGUUUCUAUGCUUAUUACUUCAUUUAAGUCAUUCUUGAGCCAAUCCCCAAGCUUGUAUGUGCAAAUUAUUUCGUAAUAAACUGAUUGGCCCUUAGAUCUAGGCAUGAUUGAGCUCCAGGAGCUCAGAUCUGUUGCCUUUAUGGACCCUCAUUGCAUGAAGACCCUAGAUCUACCCUUUUGGGUGCAUUUUGAACCCUAAAACCCUUAUUGGUGAAUAAGGAAUCCAUAUAAAUUAUUCGGGUGAAGUGCAACCCAAAUGGACCAUGCCAGGUCGGGUCAAGUACAUCUCAAGUAUAGUUAUGGACUUAGACACCUUAUCCAACAUGAGAUGUAUCUUGUGAGUCGGUUACACAUUGAUAAUAUGUAAACGCACCGGCAACUUGGUGUUAUAAAACGUAUUGUUGUGUGUGAUUCGGUGAGUGAGUACAAGUGAGCAUUCGAGUCGAAGUUUAUCCGUUCCUUUUACCCAAAGUGGGAUAAAAGCGAUAUAUGUGGGCGCCUCGACGAUUUAGUGAUGACACCCUAAGCGCUUGUCCAAGCCGGGACUAAGUUGAUGUGUUCAAUUGUAGUCUGUUGUCAGUCAUCAUAAAUCAUAAAUCGGGAAACAACACGUGGACAGAGAGUGUGAUUAAAAUCCAUGUCUCAGUUCAUACGAUAUCUAGAAUGGAGGAAUAUAUGAUCCCUUAUCUAAAGGACAGGUUACUGAUAAGAUCAGAGUUCGACGGCGUCUUUGAGAGCUACGAUUGCUAAUCAGAUAAUACUUGCAUUUAUAGUUACUAGACUUAUCUAAGCGGGAGACUGUUGGAUUAGUGUCUAAGCCCGUAACUAUAUUUGGUAAGUAUUUGACCCGGUUGUGCAUGGUCCUUUUGGGUUGCCUUCAUCAAAGCAACUAGAUAUGAUGAUUUAUGAAGAAAGAGGUUAAUUAUGUUUUAUUAAUAUAUUGUAUGAAUAAUAUAUUAAUAUAGAAAUCAUAGUUUAAUUAAUACUGGACAAGAAUUAAUUAAGAAAUUAAUUUUGUGGCCAAAAUAGAUUAAUUAGACUUGGGGGACUAAUAUUGUAAUUAUAAGAUAAUAGCAUUGUGGGCUAUGGAUACCUAAAGGGAAGGAGGUUGGACAAAAUCUAUGGGAAGCCCAUAUGAUAUUCGUCCAAGGGACUUCUAGAAAGGUUCCAUGGGUUGCUUAAGGCCUAAGCAGAGAAUUAGGGUUUCUCAUGAAACCCUAGUAGCCCACACAAGUAUAAAUAGACCCUUAGGGAUCCCAAAAAUGUGGCUAAGUCUUCUAGUAGAGAUCUUGGACGGUUUUGGUGCUCCUCCCCUCUUUCCAAUAUCAUCCUCUUGCUUGUGGUGUUUGUAAACCAUUAGAGGAGUGAUAUUUGUGACUCUAAGCUCCAAGGAUACGAGAUUCAAGCCAUUCUAUAAGAGGUAUUUAUCUAGAUCUGUUCUUACAUGUUAUUUCAAUAUUCAUAUGCUAGAUCUAGGGUUUAUGGAUUUGGAUGAUUAUCGCAUGUUCAUUAGAAAAAACUAGAUCCAAAGCUUUAGGGUUUGCAUGUACACCAUAGGAAUGAUGUAGUGCUCAAUUCCCAUCAGUGGUAUUAGAGCCUAGACUAUUUGUACAAUGAAUUGACGCAAUUGUGAACUGUAAAAGAUCAGGAAAUCGAAAGUUUUUGCUAUGUGGAGCAUGAACUCGACGAGUUCAGAGCCCAACUCGACGAGUUUCCUAUACUGUUGCCGGGAUUUUUGAUUUUUCUGCUAGAUUUUAUUGAGGAUAAUUGUCAAAACUCGUUUUUCUUACCUAAAUCCGAUUUUUUAAGUUUGGAAUGAUUAUCUUCAUCAAAAUUGAUGGAUUUUGUUAAAUAUGGAUAAUAUAGGAUUAUUAUAAGUCAAAUAUUUAACCUACUUACAUUGAAAAGUUUCAAUUUACACCUUUAAGUUUUAUAGUUUAAAUUUGAACUUAAUAGUUUUAGUUUUGAAAUUUAAAUAGUUAAACUUAAUUGUUUUGAAAGGUUUCAAAACUUUCCCUCAAGUUUUGGAAUUUAAAAUUUUAAUUAAUAGUUUAAUUUUAAAAUGUUAAAUUCUAAAACCCUAAUUUUUGAAAAGUUCAAAUUGCACCCUUAUGGUUUUAUUCAACUAAUUAAGUGUAUAAUUAAAAGAGGGUUAAUAAAUCCAUAGUUAUAUGGUUUACAUUUAAUUAAAUUAAAAGUGUAAUUUAUUAAAUUAGACCACAUAGUAUUUUAAAAAGUGUAAAAUACAUCCUUAUACUAUAUAUAAAAUUAAAAAGUCUAAUAUUAUAUAUGUAUAACUUAAAUGCUAGUCUUACCGUUAGUAGGCCCCAUUCACAAAGCCGAUCUAUGGGGGGGGGUAUAAGGUUAUGGCCUAUAAAAUGGUCGUUUAAUGGGUGUCCACUCUCACCCACCGCUUCCUUGAUUGGUGGAGGGUCGUUAGCCGAUCGGGUAUGAUUGGGAAAACUUUUUCCAUUAAAAGUAUAAUGAACUAUAAAGUAACUAAAUAUUUUUACAAAAUUCCCUAUCUUAGUUACUUCAGGCAAAAGUGAAUUUGACGCAAUUCCAUGAAAUUACACUUUGUACCCUUGCUAAGACAUUAGUGGAGCGUGUGUGGUUAAUCGACACAAUAAAUGGGUUCUAAGCAAAGGCUGCGAAGGGUGACUCGAUGUUUGUCAUAGUUCGGUGGAGCAUGCGUGGUUAACCGGCACAUCGAAUAGAUGACUGUAACAUUGGGGGCACCAUGUAUGCUUGCAUGGUUAUUCGCACCCUGUUUUGUGAUCCUCGGCAUCCUAGUCACAAAUCGAGGGGCAUAUCGAGAUUUAAACAAGCCAUUGAAAAGUUCAAUGAAUCUCAAAGGAUCUAGGAGUCUUCAAUACAUUUAAAACUUAAUCUCUUUUUUGUUUUCAUAGUGGGAAAUUAGUGAAUCGUCAUUCACUUACCUUCAAAUGUUCUGUAAUUUGGAUUACGACAUCCCUCUUCCAAGUUGUAGAAUAUUGUGUUGGGUCCUAGCCUUAAUCUCUCAUUUGGGUGUUUUAUUAAGGACUCAAUCAAUCAACUAACUUGAAUUUUCUCCCUUUUUGAAGAUGUCAAAGUAUGACAACUAUGGUCUUCCCAAAUCCCUUGGAACAAACUUUCCACAUGAAGAUGAUAUUCCACGAUUCGAUCGAGGAACAAGAGAUCAUGCUUCACUUCCUCCACCUCCUCCUAUUGUUCUCUCUAACCCACAAGUUCAAAGGCUUGAAAAGUUCAAGCUCACUCAAUCCCUUUUGGCAAGUAAACAUGAAGAAGGAAAGUCAGUGUGUGCACACGUCUUAGAGAUGAAGUCACACAUUGAUAGGUUAAGAAUGUUGGGAGUCGUCUAUGAGAAGCUGGCUGUUGACUGGGUUCUUCAAUCGCUUCCUGACUCAUAUAGUGAGUUCGUAAGAGAGUACUAUAUGAUAGACUGCGAAGUGACCCUCAUCGAUCUCACCUAUUUGCUUGUUGUUGCUGAAUCAACAAUGAUUUGGCGCACUAGAGAAGCAAUGUUGAUUGGUGGAUCUGCCUUCCAAACCUCCAUGGACUUAGGCAAUGGCAACGAAAGGAAUGUCAUGGUCGAAAAGUUUGAUCAUAAGAGAAAGGCAAAGUCUGAGGUAGUUCCGUGUGCUGUUCCAAAAGAGUCAAUUUGCUUUUAUUGCCAAGAGAAAGGGCAUUGGAGACGAAGCUGCCCUGUCUACCUGAGAGAUCUAAGAGAUGGGAGAGUUAAGACGUAUGGCUCUAUUUCAGAAUCGAAGAAAAGAGAGGAAGCUUAAAGGAAGAAGCGAGUUGAAUCUGAUCGUGAAGAAAUGGAUUUUGAUCGCAUGGAUUCGAAGAUCGGAUUUUUUGAGCUGCUACUUUAGAGUUAGGAUAGAUUGCUAAGAAAUGUAAUAGCAUAGUUUUUCAUUUGAGUUGCGUUGUAAGGACAAUUUUUUCCGCAAUAAAAUAAAGUUUGAUUUUCUCUUAUUUA